AUGGCCUCGAGUGUUGGAACAUCGUCUAUCUCGCGGUCUAGUGCCCAUUCGAUGGGCUUUUUCUCUGUCUCAUCUUCUUCAUCUCCCUUUGGCGACACCAACAUCGACACAGAUGGAUUUUUAAAGUCAUCACGUCGUGCUGGUGGUCCUUUCCUAUGCUCCCUCCCAUCAGCACUCAUCCCGGCCCACGAUCUCCCUAUUCCCGGGAACGACAGUGCUAUGAGGCACGAAAUUGAGAUGACUGCUAGAGAAGUCUUGAAUGAGCUUCACCUGGAGUUUCUGGAAUGUCAGGUCAACGGAAGACGUUCAAAAGUCGAGCCUGAGCCGGAAUUCAUUCCAACGGUGGUCAUCCAAAUGCCUAACCGACCGCAGGCAGAGCUAUGGUGCCAUGCUGCCCGGGAAGUGCAUCAAAGACUAGAAGGACGGGGACAUUCGGGAUUUUCGGUUGAGCUUAUCGAAGCUGCAUUGCUUAGGGGAAUAUACUGUUCUCCUGUCGAGCCGUCUCAUUCUAUUUUCUCAAAAUGGAGAAAUAUCGUCGAAGAAAUUAUACAGCGCUCUGACACCCGCGAGUGGACUGGAAUGGAUUGCUGGCGUUACGGGACAAAUGUCGACAGAAAGUCCAACCCUGUCACCGUCAUAGUCCGUGUUGCCCGAUCAAGUAAAGGUCCAUUUACUACCGCCUCUCGCUCCGUCCAUGGUAUCCUUGCAUCGUUUGAUGAGGCAGACGUUGAUGUGCUAUUCCAAAAGGAUGGCAAAAGACGUUUUGAGGAAAACCCAACACUUCCUCUUGAGUCUACCUCCGGCAGGGUUUACCCUGGAGUAAGUAUUGGCAUCCACAACAGCGAAGCGGGUUCAUCUACUCUUGGAGGCUUGGUGCAGCUCCGUUUCAAGGGCAAAAGCGAUUGGUCCACAUAUGGGCUUACCUGCUUCCACUGUAUUUGGCCGUCGGAGAACCACCGGGAGGAUCCGAAAAUGCGGACGCCCGAGGCAAAAGAUGCUCUUCAGAGAUGGAUGAACCGGCCUUUGACCAUGCGCGACAAUCCCUCACUGGGUAAUAUCGCCAAAAGAAUCCUCCGAGUUGACCACCCGUUGCCAAGGGACCUAAGAACCACAAUCGAGUCUCUAAACACGGCAGUGGAACAAGUUCGAUCGCCUAUGUUCUGGCAUUGUAAAAAGGAAAUUGACAAGGGAGAUAAUGGAUGCUUGCCGGAUUCCGCCAGACGUGAAUACGAGCAAAUGCUUAAAGUAAUUCGAGCCUUUGAAGACAAGCGCGAGCCUUACAGUCAAAUGCUCACAAAUGGAUCUUACUAUCUCGGCCAUAUCGUCGCUGGAAGCGGAAUGAACCGGGUACGAGUCAAUAAGGACCGACUACGGGUGGCCGUUGACUGGGCUCUGAUCCAGAUAAACCAAAACCGUAUCCACCGCCAGACGCAGGGGGAAGUUGUGAUUGGGAAUACUGGAAGUCAAACGGUACUGAUAUCUGAAUUCUUAGUCUUUCCUGUACGGCGACAAUUCGACCCCGGCGCAGGACUUUUCUAUACAAACGAUCGCGCAUUUGAAUCCGGCGUCAUACUUACAAAGUCAGGAAGGUCCACCCAUCUUACAUCUGCGAAGUGCAACAUAUUAAAGUCUGUGGAACUAGACAGGCUCAAAUCUAGCCAAGGACCAGGGUAUGGCCUUGUUGUGUCUUGGAGCACGAAGAUUCCGGCGGGUGCGAAUCAUUUCACGGAACCCGGAGACUCUGGGGCCUGGAUCUUUAGUCAUGGAGGCUACCUUUUCGGCAUUGUGACUGGAGGCGAUGUGGCUCAGGGCACUACCUACGUAUGCCGUACGGAGGACAUUUUCAGCGAUAUCAAGGACAUCAACGGCGCCGUCGAUGUUCGAAUUGCGCCUAGUUCAGCAUCGUGA